GGUCGCUUCGCUGCCAGAGACGCUUUCUUUUUUUUUCCGGGUUCGGAGCCGUUCCGGAUGCUUUGGGCUGCCGGAUGUCUGAUCUCCGGAUAACUGAGGCGUUACUGUACAUGGAUUAUCUGAGAAUGUCUGAGUGUAUCCAGAUCUCAUUUGCUGUUUGUAGAAUUGGCAUUUACACGUGCUGUGCCAUUCACAAGGAAACCUUCUUGAAGCCCCACCACUCCAUCUUUUUUCCUUAUUUGGCUCAGGGACAGUUUUCAAUGAUGUGUUUUAGAGCACUCUGCUGCAAGGGACCCCCUCCUCCUCGACCAGAGUAUGACUUGGUCUGCAUAGGCCUCUCGGGUGCUGGCAAGACCAGUAUGUUGUCGAAGCUCUGUGGUGAGAGCGCGGAAAAUGUCGUGUCCACAACAGGUUUUAGCAUAAAAGCAGUUCCAUUCCAGAAUGCCAUCUUGAAUGUAAAAGAACUUGGAGGGGCUGAUAACAUUAGGAAAUACUGGAGUCGCUACUACCAAGGAUCUCAAGGGGUAAUAUUUGUAUUAGACAGUGCCUCAUCGGAAGAGGAACUAGAAACCUCUAGAAAAGAACUGCAUUCAGCUCUUCAGCACCCACAGUUAUGUACUUCAUUUUUAAUUUUGGCCAAUCAUCAAGACAAGCCAGCUGCUCGAUCAGUACAAGAGAUCAGAAAAUAUUUUGAACUUGAACCCCUUGCACGAGGAAAACGCUGGAUUCUUCAAGCCUGCUCCCUAGAUGACAUGAAUACAAUAAAAGACAGCUUCUCUCAGCUGAUAAAUUUGUUAGAAGAAAAGGACCCUGAACCUGUAAGAAUGUGAAAGCUAAAGAAGAAAACCAUUCUCAGAAGGUCCUUGUACCAAGCCUCUUUGUUAAUUGUUUUAAUUUUAUUUUGGUAUCCGAACUGUUAACUGCUUUGAAAUCCAUUUUUUCCCCUGCAAGUAUUCCAGAUUCUGUUUCAUCUCUCUAUUCAAAUAAAUAUAUCUGUAAGUCAGGUAAAUGAUCAUUGAUAUUAAAGUCCAAGUACACACUACUGAGAGAGAAUUGAUUCUCUGUUUACCACUAAUUAUUCUGUUCAUUGCCUGUAGCUUCCUUCUGUUAUUAUGAGAACCUUCCAUGAUCUGCCCUGUGCUGAAAUGGAGGGGAGUUAUAGUUCCGAAGAGUGAAAUAUUUUGUGAAGGAUGCAAAAUUACUCACAACACUUUGACUUAUUUUCCAAAGGGGAUCUAUAAAAUAUGCUACAUGGAAUAUGUACAUCAUAGAAUUUCUUAUGGACCUCUAGAUAUUCAAAAGACAUUUAGUUUUGGAUUCUGCCCUUAAGGACUGUCUGUGAAGAAUGGUCACUUACAGCUCCAAUAAAUCAUCUUAUAAGGAAGGAAAGCUCUAUUGAUGCAGGGUUGGCUUUGAAGUGUCACUUAAUGACAGCAUAAGAAAUUUUGGGGUUGAUUACAACUCAUCUCAUUCUCCCCACACACACACACUUUAAAGGCAUGGAAUAUUAAUUUUGCAUUCAAGUGGGGCGGGGGGGGGCAUCCAAACACAAAUUCCUAUCAAGAUGUACAGAUUACUAUCGUCUAGAUUAUUCUUAAUAAUAAAAAGAAUGAUAAUCUUCAUAAAAUCAAGCUACAAGAUUGUCAGUAGGUUGUUUUGUUGUUUUUAUUUUCUUUUAAGAAAUCUUUAGAAGAUUGAUAGAAAUGAAGGAAAUAACAGUUGUUUUUUUUUAAAUAGUUUGUUUUUUU